AUGUCCGUCGUUGUCGAGGUGCUGCUCUUGUACGGCGCGGCGCUAUCGGCAGUGAAGGCGUUCUUCCCAAGGAGUCCGUCGGACGAGAACAUCCAUCGAAAGACCACGCGGCCAAGACCGAGAAGCGUCGUCAAUCGGCAGGAACGGGCCUUGGUUGUCUGGAAUCCACCGGCCAACGCCGCAGUCGUUGGCGCGGAAUCCCACGCUCUGCCCCCUGCUCGAGAAACAGCACUUGUUGUAUGGUCGCCACCAACUGAUCUCAUGUUCCCUCUCGGUGCCGGCACUUCUCGGUACCUCCGCACGUUGGUGUUUCCUUCGAGCGGUGCCGCAAACCCUUUCCCCCGGCAAACGCCGAUCUCGGAAAUCACUGGUCUUAGGAUGGCCACCCACGCCCACCGGCCCACGCCCGCAGUACUCCUGCUCGGCGCGUCGCAGCCGUUCCCGUGGUGCCCGGUGCGCCUCGCCACCGAGAGGUGCCCCCUGCCUAUCGCGCCGGCGAACAGCGCAAGCUGCGGCGAAGAAGACAAAGAGCUUCCGACGGCAGCGGCGCAGCCCGUCACCGGUGCCAGCAUCGUCGCCAACGUGGUCGGUCAGCUGGGUAUCGACCUCGUUUUCCCGGCGGUAGGCAUCGCGGUGUCUGCGCGUGCUGGACGACGAGCUGCGGCAUUUUCUUCUUCGGUGUUCCGUUCUCUCGAGAACAGCCGAUGCGAUGCCACGGCAGCCGUCGCCGGGCAACAGCCGCACCACUCGAGCACGGGGAGCAGGGGACGGACAUCGGCAACGGGAGAGCGAAGAACGAGGAAAUCCUCGCGCUCUCGGUCGCCUUCACUGCCCCCGCGAUCACGAGGCCGGCCGCAAUCUCCCUUGCGAUCCGUAUCUCCCGCCCCGCGUCCGGUGGCGGUAGGAGUCUUCCCCUACCGACCGGUCGCGCCGUCUAGCCCUUUGGCGAUGGAGAACUCUGCUGUGGACGACGACCUCUGCGCGGUUUCUGCGAUGACGACGUCUCCCCUCAUUUCCGCCCUCAGCUACCUGGCCUGCUGCUACUGGUGGUGA